CCCAAGUUACGUCGAAAAAUAAUGUAUUCUUACUGAUCCCAGAACGGAAAGGCUUCGUCGCGGUCUUUCCCUAUACCUGAAAGCGUCUUUUUCUGAUUGACUAUAACUGGCCGCGUUAUUGCGCCUUGCCUCAGCCCCGUCCCCUUGCCAGACCAUCCUUGGGAGACAAGAAACGAGUGCCCAUCCAGCGGCAUCAAUGGAGCCAAUGAAGAAAUCUGGGUCACGCUGUCACGAAGGUAGUGACUGAUUUCCAGAAAGUACGGACGGCGGACCGCAUCACCGAACUCUACCUUAUUGGACCAUGACCUCCACGGAUACUCCUCCGAGGCGCAGUAUCGUCAUCAUUGGCGCAGGAAUAAUUGGAUGCUCGACGGCCUAUUACCUCUCUCGCCAUCCUUCUUUCUCACCUUCUACUACGGUCCGCGUUAUUGAAGCCUCAAUCAAUGGUCCUGCUCAAGGCGCCUCUGGAAAAGCAGGCGGUUUGGUAGCUCAGUGGGCUUAUCCGAAGGAAUUGGUGGAUGUAUCCUUCGCCGAACACGUCAAGCUCGCGAAGAAGCACAACGGAAAGGAACGAUGGGGCUGGAGAUACGUUGAAACUGGCAGUUGGGAAGGUAGAGCACUUUUGGGCGAGGGGAGCGGAUCCGGUGUGGGCAAAGGCGGGAAAAGGAAAAGCUUGGAAAAGACACUUGGACUGAAUCCCGACAUUUCUGAAUGGGAUCGCAAGUCUAAAGGCCUUCCGGACGAUUUGCUUUGGGUCAGAGAUAGCCUCACCGAUUCGUAUUCACCCAUGGCUGCCACAGGAGAAACGGCCCAGGUACACCCGUAUCAGUUCACGACGAGCAUGUUGGAUCUCGCCAAAGAAAAAGGCGUCGAAUUUGUUUCCGGAAAGGUCACUUCUAUCAAACAACUGGAUGGACAAGUCACUGGAGUGGUUUACACCAAACUGGGAACCCAGGAGCAGGUCGAAAUACAUGCAAGUGAUAUUAUCCUCUGCGCCGGAGCCUGGUCGCCUUCACUUGUCCCUGGACUUCCCAUCACCGGAACACGAGCGCACAGUAUCACAAUUCGGGCCACUCCCGGCACCAUCAUUACGCCAUAUGCCUUGUUCACAGAAAUUACGCUACAACAGGCCGGCAAGAACGUGAAGAGAGUUACCCCGGAGCUCUAUGCUCGACCAGAUAACGAAGUAUACGCCUGUGGUCCGGGUGACGAUUCUGCGCUUCCCGAGACUGUAGACGACGUACAAGUAGACGAGGCUGCAUGUGAAAGCAUUCGCAAGCACGUCAGUUUUAUUUCUAAGGAGCUAAGUGAGGGGACGGUGGACAAGCGACAAGCUUGUUUCCUUCCGAUUGUCAAGUACAACAGCGAUCCCCUCGUUGGGGCCGCAACUAAGAUCGCUAAUGGUCUAUUCAUCGCGGCUGGCCAUACAUGCUGGGGGAUCUGCAAUGCUCCGGGUACUGCUAAAGCUAUCAGUCAGCUCGUUAUGGAUGGCAAGAUCCGAUGCGGAAAUUUGAAGAAACUGGACCCCUCGAGAUUCUCUUAAUCCAGGCCUGUAUUACAUGUAUAUGUACUGUUUGUUAUCGCCUCAAUUUGACUCUCGUACGUUUAAAACACUCGUUCGUUGCACAAUGCGCUCACGCGGGACUUCAUAUCAACUAGAUUAAAGUGCAUUUUUUGUAACAGAUCCGGCGUUCUUCGUCCAAUCUUCAAAUGUAAACGCAUAAAUCCCCCAGAUAAUGUGGGACCGCGAUCAGAAGGUAUGCAGCAUUACAUCUUGGCUUCCCUUUUUCUCAGCGACUUAGCAUACUGACGCAACACACGUCUGAGCAGCUUUCCGCUAGGAUUCUUUGGUAUCUCCGAAAUAAACUCAACUCCGCCCUUGAGGUGCUUGUAG